AUGGCCGUUAUCAAUGAGUUGCUCAACGAGGCGACUCGUGUCGUCGCCAGAGCUGCCGCCCCGGAAUCUGUCUCGACGACCGCGAGCGCCGCUUCCGCCACCAACACCGACAACAACAAUAAAGACAACAACAAUGGCUCCAGUUCUCCUCUGUUAUUCUUCGUAGCUUUGGGUUUCGGCGUCGUUUUCACGAAUCUUUGGAUCAUUGUCGGUGUCAAGUACUGCUUCCGAUACAACGCCCGUAAUCGCCAGCUCCGUAUGAACGAAGAUGGAGAGCCUAUUACCCUGGAGAACAUGCCCCGACCCCACCGCCGUCGCCGCGAGAAAAAGCUCAUGACCAUGGAUGAGGUCAACGACAAGUUCCCCAUGAUGAAGUACAAGAGCUGGGUUUCCGACCGAGCGAAGGAGGGCCUGCCUACGGCUGGUGGUGUUUCGGUACCCCCGAGUCGAGCUAACAGCAUUCGGGACGCCGACGGCAUCGUCCCUGACUUCUCCAAGGAACGUGAUUCCACCGACGAGCGCUCCUCCACCAGUGCCGCAACACCCGCGAAGGAAGGGGAGACGAUGGAAACCGAGAAACCUAAAGACUUACCCACCCAACCCGCCGAGGCUGGUCAGACUUCCGGAACGCAGUCAGGAAACUUGACCAAGGACAACGAACUACACCGUGUCUCGAGUGAGGACAGCGACGACGACGAACACAUCGACGGCGCCCUGCCACCAGAGUGCUUGGAAGCUCCCGGCGAUACUUGUGCUAUUUGCAUCGAUACGCUCGAGGAUGAUGACGACGUUCGUGGAUUGACCUGUGGCCAUGCAUUCCAUGCUGUCUGCGUGGACCCUUGGUUGACGAGCCGACGAGCAUGCUGCCCGCUCUGCAAGGCGGACUACUACGUUCCUAAGCCACGUCCUGUACCUGAAGGCGGCGAUGCUGCUGCUGCCAACAACGCCAACUUCGAUAAUCGCGCCAACUCGCGCCUCAACCUCCCCGCCGGCCUGCGUAAUGCCUGGUUCCGGUCAUCGCCGUCACGACAGGGCCAGUCCAGAGUAGGAGCGACUAGUGAAGCUCGUCAAGCCCGACCGCGUCGGCCCUGGCCUACUGAGGGGACUGAACAGCAGCAGCAAACAGCAGAAGUUAGCGGGACUUCAAAUGGUGGCAUGUUGAGCUCUGUUCGUGGCGCUUUUGGGUUCGGUAGGAGACGGAGUGAGCGCCCUCGCCGCGUCCCCACUCUAGGUGGCGAACUUGUGCCUCCGACACCAUCACAACUAGAGGCUGGAAACCGCACUGCAGCUACUACUCAAUGA